AAAGGAGAAACUCUCUUCAAGAGAUGAAAGGCAGUAAAUUGACCUUCUUUCUCACAGACUAGCGAACAGACUUUGACUUUCCCUUCUCAUCGUGAGGCGGCAGCUCAAGCCACGGCCUCAGAAAAAAGCCCAAACGUCUUUUCCAUCACGUUCAGGGUUGAUACCAGCUGUUUCGGUUCUUCCUGACUACUGUCGAAAGUGUUUCCUGUUUCAGCCUGUGAGGAGGUGGUGUUAUUGUGGCUUCACAGUGUCACAGUUCCACUCGCCCGCUCACACUCGCGCGAGCCUCGCUGGAGACAGACAUGUUGAACUUCACCGCGGGGGGGAAUGAGACCGAGUCCCAUCCGGAGUACAAGACCUACGCGCUGGUCUUCGGCUCCGUGAUGGCGCUGGGUCUGCCGCUCAACACCAUCUCUCUGUGGAUCCUGUUCCGCCGCCACAACCUCCGGACGCCCAGCGCCGUCUUCUUGGUCAACCUGGCCAUCUCCGACCUGCUCCUCGUCAUAUCCCUGGCCCCCAUGGUCUACUUUUACGUCACGCACAGCUGGCCACUGGGGAACAUGGCCUGCAUCUGGAUCACUAUGCUCUUUCGCAACAACAUCCGCUCCAGCUCCAUCUUCAUCACUUUCAUCAGCGUGGACCGCCUGCUGGCUGUGGUGUACCCUCUCCGGUCGCGGCACCUACGGACCUGGUCCAACGCCAUCAAAGCGGCCGGGCUCAUUUGGCUCUUUGUUUUGGUGUGGAACGUCCCAGAGAGCGUGGAGUUCUCCAGAUUUUUGAACAAUCUCAGUGACUCGAGCUGUUUCGAGCUGCCGGCUCAUCGGCUCAUAAACAUUACUUACAUCCAGCCUGCGCUGGUGCUCACCAUGCUGGCGGUCAACAUCGUCUCCACUGUGCUGGUGUCCUGGACGCUCAGCAGGCAUCUGAAUGACUCUGCGCGGAUCAACAACAAGAUCAGCGUCAUGCUGAUUUUCGCCAUGAACCUGAUGAUGUUCGCGCUGUUUUUCUUGCCCGUGUCGGUGGUGAUAUUCUUUAAAGGAUGGAGACAUGUUAUCACGCCACUAAGAUGUCUCGCCAGUGUGAACUGCUGCCUGGACCCUCUGCUGUAUUACUUCUCUUUCGAUGGCUUCUGGAAGAAAAAAGAGGACAUGGAGGCAUCUGUUGAGAGACAAUAGUUUGUGAUAAUGGAAAAACGGGACAUGUGGAAUACUAUUUAAACAUAACAAGCAUACAGACAUUGUAUGUAUUGUAAAGUGUCAUAUUUUUUUAGCUCGGAAAUAAAACGUCUCAUUGAGGUUUCAUCAA